AUGAGCGCAAACAACACCAACGUUCAUAACAAUCAAUACGAAGAGCCUCUUCCACCAGACCAUCAAUGGUUGGGUGAGAAGUGGAGAGAUGGAAACAGACCACUGCGUAUUAGAAAGAAUCCAUUGGAGGUUGCUCCUUGCAGGAAAGGAGAAUGUGCCAGCGCAAACCAACUCAUGGAAUUUAGACAAUGGGUGGCAAGAGAAUGGGCCGUGUAUGCUGCCGAAGUUGACCUUUUGCGAAAGGAUGUCGAACAAUGCUGGUACAAACAUGGUGUGGACGUCAUUAGACACUGUGAAGACAAAGUUAAGAAAUAUUUGCAUGCCGUUGAUGAAAAGACUAUUAGAGAGGUCAGAGCUAAAUUAAUGGAGGGAAAGAGAGCUGUAGAAUAA